AUGGUUGAACGUUUACCUGAUCAUGUAACACCAAAAGUUCAUUUUCUUACUGAAUAUUGCCGUUUGAUAGAAAAUCAUGGUUUACCUGUAUUAAAUACUUGUAUACGCUUUGAAUCAAAACACCAAUACUUCAAACAAUUUGUUAAUCGUGGACUGAAUUUUAAAAAUCCCCUUCUCACUAUGUUUAAACGACAUCAAUUACGUCAAUGUUUUUUAAACAAAAUAGAAUCGUCUCAUGUUUCAUCAUCCACCACAGUGCAUUCGUUCAAAUCAGUCGAUAUUUCUAAAUUUUCUCUUCCUAUUCAAUGUUUAUUAAAGAAAGAGAUUUCUGAAAGUGAAAAAAUAUGUGAAAGCUCAUCUGUUUAUUAUCACGAUCUUAAUAUAAAACAAAAAUCUGUAUUUGUUCAUGAUCUUCUACAUACUGAAGAAAUUCCCGUGUUUUGUCAAAUUCAUCAUCUGUUAAGAAUAAAAGAAAAAUGGUUUGCAAUUGCGGAACAAUUACAUACAAAUUCUUUCAACGAACAUUUAUGUGCUUAUGAAGUUGAAUAUACAGGAACAUUAGUUGAAAUUGAUGUAGAACAUUGUUUAGAUAUAUUUUCUGAUUGUCUUGAUAUUUAUGAAAUCGAAGAAACUUAUUAUAUAAAUAUGUUGACUCAAGAAGACAUCGAUGGGGCAACAUUAGUUUUACUUCAACCGGAUGAUAUUGUGAAAAUAUUUCCUCGACUUAGGGACAGGGUCAAAUUUGUCGAUCAACGGACAAAAUUGGUUGAAAAAUUCAAGGAAUGUCGAACAGAUGCUGAUGAAUUUACAGGUAAUCUACUUGAAUCAACAUUAUCAUCUUCUACAUUAUCAUUAUAUUUUUCAGAUGUCCCUCGAAAUAAUGGUUCACCAGAUUUAUCUGUUUUAAUUACAACUGAAGUUAAUCAAAAUGAUGAAAUAUGUGAUGAUACAUCACCUAAUAUUGAUUGUCAUGACAGUGAUGAUAAUCAUGUUGAAUCACGAUUACCUACAGAUUAUACAGGUCCAAUUUUAUCUUCAAGAAUACAAUAUUUUAUUGAUCAAAACAAUAUUGCAAAAUUUAAUCCACAUACAACUUUACGUGCUGAAAUAUUAUCUCUCAUUUUUGAUGAUGUAACAAAAACACAUAAUUUACUUUAUCCCAAUCAUGAUGAAUAUAUGAUGAUGGCUAAAUCUAUUGUUCAAAAACUAUCCAUUCCAUCAGGUUUAGUUUGUGAAGCUACUAAAGAAUGGCAUGAAUCAAUAAAACAGAAGUUUAAACGUGAACGAAGACCUUUACAAAUGGAAAACGAGUUAGCGCAGAAAAAGAAAGAUACAUACGGUAAUGGUAAAACAAAUGGCCGUCCAAAAAGAAAGAGUGUUGUUGUACAAGCUGAACGUCGAACAAAUGAUGUACCAUUUAUCAACCUCAAUGAUAAUCAUGAUGAAAAUCUUUCAUCUUUAGUUAAUCAAAUGAAAAUUGAAUUACUUAAAGAUGAUCCUGAUACUGAUAUUCUACAUAAUAUUUGGAGACAGUCGUUUAAUAUUCGUCGUUUACAUGUUCGUCAAUUACCAAUUGAUGAAUUACUCAGCCGUUUUCCUGGUUAUCGUCGACCAGAUUUGCUAUUGGCUGAAGUACAAGAAACUGCUGGUGUUGAUCUUGUUGAAAAUGUUAAAGAUAUAUUACCAAAAUUGUUUGACUGUAUUCCAGAUAAUAAUUGUUUUUUGUCGGACGUUUUACCUAUUCGGGUUAUUCGAGUUUUAUGUAAAAAAUUUGGUGAUUCUGUUGGUAAUGUAUUCACUCAUGAUGAAGUACUCGUUUCAUAUCCAUGUAUCAAAAUUCUUGACAAUAAAUUUGAAUUAUAUCUCGAUUUUCAUCUUAUUACAGAAACAGAUUCAUGUUCAACAGCUCUUGCUUUACUUUUAUCACUUUAUUAUGUAUUUGAAAUUCGAUUUGCAUCUCAUAAUAGGUGUUGUCGACUUCUUUAUAGCAUUUUAUUUGAAGAUACACAUCAUUUAAAUAAAUCGUUGAAAAAAUUAUUAAAUGAUUGGAAUUACAAAAUUAUCAAUCGACCACUAACAAAACGACAAGCAUCUGUUAUGAACAUAACAGAAAGUUUUACUCAACCAUCAACUGAUAAUGAAAAUGUAUUAUCUUCAUCCAAUAAUUUAACUCAAAUUGAUCAUUUAACAUAUCAACAAUCUCAACAAGUUCGAUCAUGUUCAACACCUUCAAAAGAGAUAACUUCAGAAAAUAUUCAACAUCAUCUUAGUCGUGAUCAUGAAAAUGAUAAUGAUCAACAAUCAGAUGCUGAUGAUUCAAAUAUGUUCAAUCAUUUAUCAAAUGUUUCAAUUCCAAUUAUUGAUUCUGAACUAAAUUCACCAACGAUCCCACAAAAUAAAUCUCAAUCAUCAACUAAUAAUCCAGCAUUAACUGAUGAUUUUCAUUUAUCACAAACAAAUGAAUUAUAUUCGUUAAAAAAUCCUCUUAUUUCAAAAGAAAAUCGAACACAAUCUGCACCAGCAAAAGAACAAACUAAAUCUAGUAUCAAUCUCAAACGAAAACGUAAACAAGACCAAGCAACACCAUCAAUCACUUUUCCAAAACAAUCAACACGUAAUGUAUCAAAACGAACUCGUGUUCAAUAA